UAACUAUUCUUACUUUUUCCUUGAACAUGCUCCCUAAUUCUUUUUAAAUAUAUCGACAGCAGCAAAAGUAGCCAGAAAAGAAAAAAAAAACGUCUUUUGCUUUACUUUGCUUUGCACUAUCCUUUUUUAUUUCCGUUUCCUGUUGUAUACAUUCUUUCUUUUGCUUUUCCACUUUUUUUUUUGUUUUUAGCUGCUUAAGCUUCACCUUUGUUUCCCUUUCCUUUCGUUUUCCUUUACGAUCCUUUCAAUUGCUCCUUUUGCUCUUCUUCCAAGGAGAAAGUAAUUGAUGGCUUCAAAAACGAUGUCGAGACCCAGCUCUUUUCUCCGUCGAGCGUCUUCCCCGUGUCAUAUGCCUCAGGAACCAUCGGUCACCAUGGCCAGUACCUCCGUGGCAACUCCACCAUUGCCUAGCAACGCCGGUAUCGGUAGGGACAGUGAAAAUAACCACAGCCGUCCUUCGUCUCCUGCGCUUGUAUCGACUGGUAAAUCGCCUCUGCUUUCGGUGCCUCAUCUCGCCGAUUCAUCCGGCGCUCGUCGACGCAGCAGUAGUCCUCACACGAGCUUGGAAAUUACGCAAGCUUCGUCCAUCACUGGUACCUCACCGUCGUCAUGUAAACCCAUAUCUAUACGCCCUGCUCGCUUCAUCAAGGCAGCCAACAUGCCUUCUUCCACUACCCAUUUAUCCGAAUCGAUGGCUUCAUUUGUGCAAAGUUUCGAGGCUUACUCACACAAGCUGUACAUCGAAGGGUACUUGAUGCGGCACAACGAUCCUGGUAGUAACAAGAAACGCACCCGAUGUUUCGUGGAAUUAUCCGGUCCUACCUUGACCUUGUGGGAUGCGGAGCUCCAAAUGCCCAGCGUUAUGCCGCAUUAUGUCAAUGUGGCCGACGCAAAUGUGGUGUCCCUAAAGGAGGGAGAAGUGAAAAAGAAACACGUGUUUUCACUCCAACUCAAAUCUCGUACCAUCCUCUUUGAAGGUUCGGAUGAAUCGACAUUGCAACGCUGGAUAGCAGCUAUUCGUCUAGCCGGAUAUGAAUACGUCAAGUUUCAUCAGCUAUUCACGCAUCGCUUGCUCAAGACCUUUCCACCGUCCCUGACCCCAGCCACGGGCACCACUACCACAUUAUCCGGUUUUCUUCAGGUUCGUUCAGCCGAUACAACCGAAUGGCAGCGCUACUGGGCCGUCGUUACCGAUAAGAAGGACGAACGACGUUUGUUCUCCUCAAAAAAGAGCGUCGUCGCUUCUUCGCCGUCUCCUUCCCUUCACGGUCAUACGGCCACCCCGACCCCUUCUUCAUCAUCUUCCUAUAUCUCAUCCAAUCUGCAUCACCAGUUACUUUUAUACGAGACCAAAAAAUCCAAACAGCCCUUAAUGACUCUCUCCUGUAUCUACCAAGCCUACGCUGUUUACCCCGAAGCACCCCAACUUAUCGAAAAAUCGUCGAUUAUGCGUGUCGAGGACCGUGAUACCCACCUAUUCCUCAUGGCCGAUACGAGUACGUCUAUGCAGCAGUGGUUGCUGGCCAUUUACGACGUGUUCAAACUUCACGGUCGUCCGCAGACAUUGAUGGAUAACACCACCGACCCUGCCGCUUUGAACUUUGCUGAACCUAUCCAGGGACAUGCAUUUCCCCUUCAAGCCGACGAUGCCUUGCGAAAUAUGAAUACCCACGACUGCCAGUCCCGGCUUGAUAUUGAACAAUUUUUCAAUGACUGCCUUCAGUCCAAACUUCAGCAGCCGCUCAUCGUCACCUCGCGACCUUCCGCCAACAGUCGCGCUAAAAGCUUGCCCCUUAUUACCGUCGCCUGUGAAGGAAACUCUGUGCCCGAAUUGGCCGGUCAACCGGAUCCAACCGAUUCGAGCCAAAUUCACCCCACUGAUCCAGCCGCCGAAGUCGCUGGCACCACGAUGAAAUUUGCUCGUCAAGUAGCCGAUUCGAGUGAUGAAAGUGAUAAUGAUACAGAUGAAGAAGACGAAGAGGAGGACGAGGAUGAACAAGACAGUGACGAUGAACCCAUUGGUAAAAAGCAGCCGGGGAUGGAUCAUCCUCUGUUUCACUCCUCUAAGACACCUUCGGCAUCCUCGUCCUCCGCGCUGCCAACCAGUGCGGCCGACUCGCUGAUUCCCGAUUUUGAUUUCGGCAAUGGCUUUGAUGUGUCCGCCGACGAGCGAUCGCGACAUCGGGCCAGUUCCACCAGCAGUUUUGCCGUAGCCACCACGACCAGCAGUGAGGACGAUACACGUAGCAAUGGACGACAGCCAUCCAUGUCGGUUAAUCACUCGUCGUCAUCGUCAUCGGCCGCUUCCACCUCCUUGUUUGGCGAUUUUAGCUUAUCAACUGAUUUUGGAAAGUACCUCGAUCAGCCUACACUUCGCAGAGAGUUUCAUCGACGACCCUCGGGUGAACAAAGCAGCCGUCGCAGCAGUUCUGGUCACGCCAUGUCGUUUGAUCGUCGUCGUAGCAGUUGGGCGGCAGCUGAUUACGAUGGAUGGCAUGGAGAUGGUGGGGAUGAGGAGGAGGAAGAAGAUGAAGAAGGAGAAGGAGAAGGACAUGCUCGUCACCCUUAUGACGACGACGAACACAGUUAUGAAAGUGAUUUUGAUGGACCUUUAAUUCCUUCGUUGGGCGAUCAUUUUGCACCUCAAAAUUCACUUUUGGACAAUUAUCUGGGUGAACAAUUGAGUGCCAAAGAACAGAUCGAGUAUGCGCGUGCAACCGGCCAACCGUUGAUCCAGGUACCAGCCAAACCAAGUGCUCCCAACGCUGGACUCGUGGGCAUGAUCUCGCAACGUGAAAAGAAUCGAAAAGAAGGAAAUGGAGCGCGUGUCAGUGAGCGUGUCCAACAACAUCAAGCCGAACUGGGCCACAUUCGAUUUGAACGUGAAAAAGAACGACGUAUCCUUGAACAACGACAACAACAAUUUAUGAAGCAUCAGGUAAUCUUAUUUUGCCAUCUUUUUUCUACGGAAUUGUUUUAAUUGUGUUCAUGCAUGUCAUCAAUUUUCAAUAAUGGGGCUAACACAAAAAUGUAACCAUUAGAUGAUGAUGUAUGCCAAUGGA